GAUAAACUUAACCUAGUUGGGAACUAGUUUUCUCAAGUAAAGUUAUAGUAUUGAUACUGAUUAUAUAUUAUUCAUUAAUAGUUUACUUAAGCUAAAUACUGUUAAAAAAACGUUUGACGAUGUUUAUACGACAAUCGUUACAAAUCAAGAAAUUUCCAAAUUUAAACUUAAAAUAUAUAUUGAAAAGAAACUCGCAACAUGCAACGGAAGUGGACAGUGUAUAUAACCAAGAAACAUUAUUUUCGCCUCAUAGAGAAAAGAAACCACAAAAAGAACCUUUUUUGAAAAGUUUAAUCUACGGAAAGUUUGAUAAAUCUAUUCUUGAGUUCCCUGAACCGCAGAAAAUCGAAAGAUUUCAAGAGUUUUGUAAUUGGUUGAAACCAAUUGAAAAUUAUAUGUUAAAUUGUUCGAACCCGAACAAAAAAGUGGAUAAGAAUACGAUACUAGCAAACCUCAAAGAUUUAGAAGUAUUUCGAGCCUACACCCAUGAAAAUUAUCGUGGUUUAAAUUUAUCGGAAACAGAAUCGUUGAAACUUUUAGAAACACUUAGUAGAUUACCUUGGUUGGCUACUUACGUAGUAAAAAAUCAUAUUUUACCUAUUCAGAUAAUUUCAAAGUAUGGUUCGGAUAGUCAGAAGCUGAAAUAUUUACCAAAAAUUAUGAGUGGUGAAGUAAUUCCUACAAUAUGUAUUAAAGAAGUUGAUAAUGGAACAAAUAUUAACAAUAUAAGAAGCUAUGUUGAUUUAAAUGAGAAAAAUGAGUGGGUCUUAAAUGGUGAAAAGUCAUUUGUUAUCAAUGGAACAGAUGCUAAUCUUUUCUUAGUUUUUGCAAGAAAUGUGGUACAUGAUAUACCCGAUCAAGAACAAGAGAUGUCUCUGUUCUUAGUUGAACGAAAACAUGGAGGUGUGAAUUGUAGCAAAACCUAUGAAACAAUUGGGCGUCAUGAAAUACCCAUGUGUACAGUGAAUUUUAAUAGCACAUUGAUACCUAGUGAAAACAUUAUUGGUGAACCUGGUAAUUCAUUUAAAUUGAUGUUGGAAUUGUUGAAACCUGGAAGUCAAAAUAUAUCUGCACAAACUAUCACUAUUUUACGAAAUUUCAUAAAUCAAUUAGUAGUAGAUAUUGUACAAAUGAAACACAUGGAUAGAGAUUACUAUAAGUUAGGUUCUGUAAGAAAAAUAAUAUCUGAAUCGAUAUUUGCUUUGUACACUAUGGAAAGUAUGGCAUACCUCACAAGUGGACUUGUGGACAUGCAUGAAAAUGAAGAUGCACAACUUGAAAAAGUCAUUACCGAAACGUAUUGUGCAAAUAAUUGUUUAAAAUGCAUUCUGUCAGGAUUACAGUUAAUAGGUGCAAAAAGUUACUUAAACAAUUUUUAUAUACAAUCGUUUCAUGAUGCCUUGGCUUUAACAACAGUUGAUACAAAUAAUGUGGAUGCAAAUAUAUAUGUAGGUGCAAGUGCUUUUCAACAUUUAGGAAAAAAUGUAUAUAAGAAUGUAUUUAAAAGAAAAAAUCCUGAAAAAUUUCCUUGGUUCAGUAUAUUUGAAACUUGGUCUGAAUUAAGUAAAACAAAUUUUAAUAUUGCUGAGAAUCUUCAUCCAUCGUUGUCGUUUGGUGCUAACUUUCUUGAAGAGACUAUAAAUAUAACGAGAAAAAGUGUUAUGGAACUAUUAAAUGAUUACGGAACAGAAGUUGCUGCUCAAGACCUAGAACUUGCCAGAACGGCUGAAUUACUGACAGAAAUAUAUGCAACGACUGCUAAUUUAUCACGUGCAUCAAGAUCAUAUUCCAUUGGUCUUCACAAUUCAGACACUGAAAAGAAUAUAGCAACAACUUUGGCAUGUAGUAUGCUUUCUAAAGCACGUAGGAUUAAAGAAGAUGUUGCAGAUGGGAAACUCUUAAAUGCUGAUCAUAUGCGUCAUACUUUGGCCGAUUUGACAUGCGAGAGGCAUACAUAUCCUAUAGAACAUCCUUUAAAUAGAAAUUUCUAAAUAUUUAUUGUAAAUAUCAUAUUAUUAUUUAUAAAUCAACUUUCAUAAAUUAUUUAAGAAUACAAAUAUACGUAUAUCUAUAUGUGUGAAAUGUUUUGGGAAAAAACAUAAAGGAGAAAACAAUAAAUAAACGCAUUUCCAUUAUA